AAGAUCUUCAAAAAAAAAAAAAAAAGAAGAAGAAGAAAGAAAGUGAAGCAUGGGAUCUCGUUCGUAUCAUUUAGGCAUCUUGACAAUACUUAUUCUCAGCAGCACUGUUGUGGUGACCUGUGUCGGCCACUCACAAUCACAUGAUAAAAAACGUAAUAUCGUGCCCUUAUUCGUCCUAGGCGAUUCAAUAUUUGAUCCCGGCAACAAUAACUACAUCAACACAAUUGGCAAGGCUAAUUAUUCGCCCUAUGGCCAAACCUUUUUUAAGCACCCAACUGGUAGAUUUUCCGAUGGUCGCAUUAUCCCUGAUUUUAUUGCUGAAUUUGCCAAGUUACCACUGAUUCCACCAUAUUUACAGCCCGGAAACCAUGAGUUUAGAUAUGGGGUCAACUUUGCAUCUGCAGGGUCUGGUGUUAUGCCUGAAAUUAACCAAGGAAUGACUAUAGACCUUCAAACUCAGCUUAGAUAUUUCAAGAAUGUAAGCGGUGAAUUGAGGCAGAGACUAGGAGAAACAGAGGCCAAAGCUUUGCUCUCCAGAGCUGUGUACUUAUUUAGUGCUGGAAGCAAUGACUACGUAUUCCCUUUCACAAUAAACUCCACUGUUCUUCGAACCUAUUCUCACCAAGAAUAUGUAGGACUCGUAAUAGGCAACAUUAGUUCAGUCAUUCAGGAAAUAUAUAAACUUGGAGGAAGAAAAUUUGGGUUCUUAAAUUUGUGGCCUUUGGCUUGUGUACCAUACAUGAGAGUGAUUGAAGUGGACAAAAAUGGUGCUUGUUUUGAUCAAAUUACACCAUAUAUACAACUGCACAACAGAGCAAUUUCCAAGCUCCUUCACAAACUACAAUAUGAGCUCCAUGGUUUCAAAUACUCCUCUAUUGACUUCUACUCAUUUCUCAAAGAAAGAAUGGAUCACCCUUCUAAAUAUGGUUUCAAGGAAGGAAUGGUAGCUUGCUGUGGCAGUGGACCGUACAGAGGAGUUUUGAGCUGUGGAGGGAAGAGAGGUGUGAAAGAGUAUGAGUUGUGCGAGAAUCCUAGUGAAAAUCUUUUCUUUGAUUCUGGUCAUCUCACAGAUAGGGCUUACCAUCAAUUUUCCGUACAAGCUUGGAGUGGAAGAGACCCCAGUUUCAUAGCGCCUUAUAAUCUCAAAUCAUUAUUUGAAUUUAAUUAAAGCAGUAGAAGAAAAUAACAACAUAUAUAAAUAUUUAUAUUUAUGUAUGCUAGCAAAUUAAAUAAUGUUGCAUCAUCAUGCAUGAUCUAUAUAUAUUAUUAAAUAAUAUUGUUAUAUAUGAUGAGCUCAAUGGAUGGAUGUUUCUAAUAA